ACAUCCUGUGCCAUCAAAACACAAGGGUCCAAAAUGGAGUAACGCUGAAGACGGCACCGUCGGGCAUCCCACUGAAUGUAAUUUAACAUUCAAACAGAAACUGUAUCCGCCGAAGGUGAACAUUAAGACUUCUAACAACCGAGGGUAAUCGACGUCAUUGUCCCCGCUGUCAAGCUAGCUGCGCAGAACAGUCAAGAAUGGAGCCAACAGAGCAGUCAGGCCCAGACUCCGGCUCUCAGGAUGUCAACCCGGUGUUUCUGCAGCAGCUCAGAGAGCUGGACAUCCCAGAGGAGGCAGCCAAACAGGCACUUCUACACACACGGAACGUGUCUGCCGAGGAGGCGGCAAUGUACUACUUCAACAAGCUGGAGAAUGAGGAGGAGGGAGACGAUGACCUCAUGUUCAAGAUGGUGUUCGUGGUGAACAUGGACCUUGCCAUGGGUGUUGGAAAGGUGGCAGCCCAGGUUGGUCAUGCUGCUGUGGGUUUGUACCAGGCUCUACAGGAGAAGAACAGCUGGAGGGAGAUGGCCUGGAAGUGGGACCACAGUGGAGCCAAGAAGGUGGUGGUCCAAGGCACCAAUGUGGCUCAUCUACUGGAGCUGCAGGCCCUGGCCAUGAGCCUCAGCCUGCCCACCUACCUGGUCCAGGAUGCAGGGAUGACCCAGGUGGAGGCCGGGUCCCGCACUGUGCUGGCCAUCAUGGGUGAGGAGGAGAUGGUGAACAACGUCACUGGGAGUCUGAAGCUGCUCUGAUGGGCUCAACCCCACUGUGGGGAAGGCAUUGCUCUGCAGUGCCCCAGUGCAUCCAGCAGAGGGCAGCGUUUCCCAGCGGCAGAGAGUCUUGGCAUGCAAGCUUGUAACAACCUUUUAAAAAAAAAAAAUAGAACAAGGGAAAACAAGACAUGUCCCAACACCAGAAAACACACACACCCUCAGCCAUUUGUUUCCCUUUCAUUCUUUGUCUGAGCCGCUUAGUCUGCCGUUAAGAGCAGGAGGGGGGAGAGACCAGUUGUUCACAGGGGAACUAGGCGGAGGCAGUUGAAUUAAUUUAUUUCUGGGGACCUUUCUCUUUUCUAACAUGCCACCUACUUAGAGGAGAGUCUUAAGAUUAUAAUAUUAAUCAAUCUUCAAACACAUCUAGUCUGUCGUCCAGUUUCAGAUAUGGCAAAGUAAAAUCAAGUAUUUUUUUUGUGGCUGACAAAUAUUGUAGUCAUGCUUAUUCAAGGGGCAGUGUACUGUAGACUAAUGCAUAAUGUAAUUAUAAUUAUACCCAUAGCAGCUGUAGUAUUUACCUGUUUGAUUCACUACUCCUGAGUGAAAAGUAACUUAUUAACUCAUAAUACAUCAACACUCACUUUUGCUGUUUCAAUGAUUUUGUGUCUGUAUGCAACUAUUCUCCCAAAGAUCCCUAUCCUAUAGACCCGAUAACAUUACUCAUUAUUGAUGAACUGCUAUAUUUUGUAUACAUUAUGCCUGUUGGGGGGCAAAUAAUGUAUAAUCUGUGUUGUGCCAUCCUAAACAGUAUGCACAGUUACUGGACAUUGCUUUAUUGUUUUUCUUUUCUUUGUGUAAAAGGAAGAAAAAAAAUCCUACUUUUUUUUGACAUAUUGGUAGAAUUUGAUGAUGGACGAGCCAAAAUGUCAUGUGGUAAAGGUGUGUGCGGGGCCCAACUUUAUGCACUUAGACUGCCUGUGGUGGAUAGUUUACACUUUUGAAGUUGGUCAAUUUGCAGCGUGACUGAUAAUGGUGUGUAUAACAAUUAUUAUGGACCUGGUGAAUAGUGGUGUGCACUAAAAAUCUUAAUACACACAAGGAUGUGUGAGCUGUUGUGUGUGUCUAUGUUCUCACUUACAAGUAUUUGUGGGCAUGAGCUGCCUCUCCCAGAAGUCUUAACUUAUAGUCAAAGAUUUUAUUUGUAACACAAAUCUUUAAAGAAAAGAAUGGCAGUGGCAUGCACGCAUUAUGAAAUGUACAUUUGAACAGACUGUCGGAAUCCCAAAGUUAUGUCAAUUUUAGUAACAUGUCCACACUUUGAUACCUCCUAUGUUAUACAGUCAUUUGUGUGAGUGCUUCAGACUAUGGAGACAAUUAAA